UCCUCGGUUUUGAUAUCGCUCCGCUGUCGCGCACCGCGCUUUAAAUUUAAGUAUAUUUCUGCUCUUCGAAGACAUUAAAAGAGAGAGAUUUAAAUAGAAGUUUAAAAAAGCAAUAAUGUAUCUUCCUAAAACCAGCCAUAUUUGUGUUAUUUUAGCUACACAAUGCGGACUAUGUCACACGGCGUAGCAACAUGGCGGGCGCUGUUCGCGUUUUCCUUUUUGAGAAAGUGCUCGGAGUUUUGGAAAUAGAGGAGGAGGGUGAACCAAACUGAUCCGGGGUUGAAGGGUCCUGGGGGCAGCAUCACUUUCCAAAGUUUGUCUCGGUAAUUUCCUGGAGUCUCCAAACCUGCAACCGGCCUGGUUUGUUUACAUUCUGUGACCCAGGCGUGUAUGCGUUUUCCCAGCCACUCACGGUACAGCCCGCCGCUGCUCCUUUGGCUCCGGUAAAUAUAAUGUUACAGAGCCAGGUCGGAUCGGCACCAUCUGGAAACGGGUCAGCUUCAGGCAGAGGUACCAUCGGACUCGUCUCUGGGAUUGUGGGCAGCGGGAUCCGUCCCGUUUUAGUCAGAGCAGGGCAAGCUUUACCGGGGAACAGCGACUGCACCGGUGCUUCGGGGCGACUCGGGGAGAGAGACGCCGUCGGGAUGCUGGGAGCUAAUGGUCCAGGCGGUCCGAGGGGCGUCAGACCGGGGAACGGGACCGGGGUGAACCCCCUGCAGACCGCCGUCCAGGGCAACAUGGUGGGGCUGAACACGGGAGUCGUGCUGCCCCACGGAGCCCGCUUCGACACCGAGCGGGAAUGCGCUCCUCUGUGCAGCGGCUCGGAUAAUGACUCGGACUCCGGAGACGAUGAAGACCCAGUGGGUUCACUCGGGGACAGCAGGAGAGGGGUGAAGCGGGAGAGAGGCGAGAUGGAGGCUGCGGUGGCGGGCCAGGAGGUGGGAGUUCCCCCCGGAGGGUACGGCAUGGUGCCCGGAGGGGUCGCCGGGGCAAAGCCGGGAAAGAAGACACGUGGACGCGUUAAGAUAAAGAUGGAGUUUAUUGACAACAAGCUGAGGCGGUACACUACUUUCAGCAAGAGGAAGACUGGCAUCAUGAAGAAGGCCUAUGAACUCUCCACCCUGACGGGAACGCAGGUUCUGCUGCUCGUGGCCAGCGAAACGGGUCACGUCUACACGUUUGCCACCCGCAAACUCCAGCCCAUGAUCACCAGCGAAACGGGCAAAGCCCUGAUCCAGACAUGCCUGAACUCUCCGGACUCGCCGCCACGUUCUGACCCGUCCACUGACCAGCGCAUGAGCGCCACCGGCUUCGAGGAGACGGACCUCACCUACCAGGUGUCGGAGUCGGAGAGCAUGGGCGACACAAAGGAUACGCUGAAGCCCACCUUCACAGUUGCCAGCCUACCGGGCACCACCAGCAGCUCCCCGUCCACAGUGCCCACCACCUCCACCACCAUGCAGGUGAGCAGCGGCCCCUCGUUCCCCAUCACCAACUACCUGGCCCCCGUCUCGGCCAACAGCAACGUCAGCGCCAACGGGACCGUCCUGAAGACGGCCGGCGCCUCCACGGGGGUCAUGCAGCUGCCCAGCGGCUUCACCUUCAUGCCCGCAGGCACUCCUCUCCCCCCCGGCACCCCCACCAUUCCUCUGAGCCAGCUGCAGCAGCACUCCCUGGCCCUCCAGGGGCAGCAUGGUCAGGCCCUGGCCGCCGCCCCGCAGCCACAGCAGGGACAGCAGGCUGUCUUCCGCUUCCCUGCUGCUGUCUCCCUCACAGGUGCCGGAGUUCCCCAGCAGCUCCAGGCGAUCCAGGUCCAUCCCAACGCUCAGUCCACCUCCAACAGCGAUAGCAGCCCCGAGAUCUCCCACACCUCCACCAACUCCACCGCAACAGUAAGUCUCCCGGCAACCAUUGUCACUUCGUCAGUGCCGACGUCCGUGGCGGGCCACAUGAUGUACCCCAGCCCCCACACCGUCAUGUACGCCUCCACGCCGGCGCUGGCCGACGGGAGCCUGGCCGUGCUCAACGCCUUCUCCCAGGGCACGUCGGCCAUGCAGGUGUCCCACGCGCAGGCACAGGACACGGGUGCCGUCCCUCAGGUGUUCCUCACGGCACCUCCAGGCACGGUGCAGAUCCCCGUCUCGGCAGUGCAGCUACACCCAGUACGGCAAGAUCUGCAUUUUACAAAUGGUGAUUGGCCAGCAGUCGAGCGGCAGCAGCAGUAACCUGACGGAGCUCCAGGUGGUCAACCUCGACGCCGCACAGAGCUCCAAGAGCGACUGACAGACGGCUGGAGCUGUUUAAGACAGACCCAGGGACACACACACACUCACACACACAUACACAACACACACACACUCACACAGACAUCUCUAUUUAUUGAUGCCUUCCGACAGUUUCACAUCACACUUCUGAAUGUGAUUUCAAAGUACACACAGACACAGUCAAGGGCAUAUGUGUGGCCGACUCUUAUACAGUAUGUUUUGGUAUAUAAAUAUAUAUAAAUAUCUAUAUAUAUUCGACAAAUGCCUAGGAGAUAUAUCACUAUAUCAAUCAUUGGAAGCUAUUUUUUAUGCUGUUAGAUGGUGUUAUUUUUCUGCGUGUGCGUGUUUUUGUUUCUCUUGAAAAUAUAUAACUACACACACACACACACACACACACACACAUAUACAUACAUACACACACACACACUGCGAGGUGCCACAGCUUCACACCAGCCAAAGAGACAUUUGUGUGUCUGAAUGUUCCAGUGUGAGCAAUUUGUGCACUGUGUGUGUGUGUGCGUGACGCGCAUAUCUGGGGUUUAUAAAAAGGGUGGGAAGGUGCUUAUUGACCUUUAAAAAUAAUCAUUUAAAAAAAAAAGAAGUGACGGGGUUGGGGGGGGCAUUUGGAAAAUGUACAUAAUUUUAUAAAAAAAGCUUGUGUUUUAAAGCCUGGAUUAGUUUGUGCGACGGCAUGUAGUUGUUUUUUACGUAGUGGUUUUGUAUGUACAUGAAAAUGAUUUGCAUAGAGAAGAUGGAAUUAUUUCCAUGUAUAUGUAAAUGAACUGAAAAUACCAUCACAUCUUGAAAUACUGUUAAUGCUGUUCACUACACGACGGAAAAGGAACGCUGGAUGUUUUGCUUUUUUUCUUUCUCUCUCCUUUGGUUGUGACAUUUGCAAAACUGUUGCUCUCAUUAAAUACUGACAGCAUAACGUCGGCCACGUUGUUUAUUGGAAUUUAAGAUUGGAUUAGGAAGAAUCUUAACGUUCACACUUUAUUCUAAUAAUUUUCCUUUAAAGAGAGGCCAUGUACAUUUUAAAUCAUACCACUUUUGUCCAGUGCGGGGCAGUGUUGAGUCUCUCUUGUCUGUCCCUCAGCUGCCUGUCGGGAAUCGGGCUCAGAGGUCCAGAGUUGAAGAAUCAUGAGUUUGAUGCUCGGCCGAACACGUUUGCACAUUUCUAAUGGCGAUCCUGUGCGGCACACAACAUACACACAACCUGUGUGGUUUUCCUGCAGUUUUACGAGCCGACUCAAGGCUCCGCCUAGUGGUGCAAGCUCGAACUGCAAAUCAAAACAUGCACCUUGGAUAUACUGCAAAACUAGGUUAAUAAACCAGCAGCACUUCAAGGUUAAUUAACAAUACUGGCACCCUGCGAGGCUUCGGUUUGUGCUGCAGGGUUUUUUACUGAAGCACUUUGUUGUGAAAAUCUGAAGAAGCAAAGUGAGAAAGCUGGUAUGUGGAACAACACUGGCGUCCAGGCGAACGGGACACAAGACUGACUCAACACUUUGACCCAUCUCAAACUGAAGUGGCCUAGAGGAGAUUUGACCUGGAGAAUACUCAGUGUGUGCCGGUUAUGCUGUCACAGUGACGAGUCAAUGUAACUUCAACGUACGUGGUAAGAGUCGGCUCAGCAGUUGAUGAUCACUUGGUUUCUCAUGACGAAUUUUUUUUUUGUUGUCUUUUUUUUUUUUUGGAGGGAGGGGGGAUAAAGUCCAGAUGUGACAAUCUGAAAAGAUUUUGUUUCUGCAAUCGAGAAUUUCGACAUCUAGUUCCUUUAACGUUCGCCAGUAAAUAUCCCGGCUGCGGUUGCAGCUCGUUUCCUCAAAGAGAAGCAACUUCAGACUCAUUGGAAUUUCUUAAAGCGUGCCAAGUUGAAUCUUCUGUAAACCUGCUGAUCAGCCUGCGUCACGACACUGACGAUGCUGAGUCGGUGCAUCCGAUGCACACUUGACACUGUAAAGACUCGGUAAUCGAUGCAUUUUUAGCAUAUCGCCUAGUGGAAGCACUCAGUAGGUGGAGUGCAGGCCCAGUGCUGCAGACAUGAGUGUAUUUCUAAGGGUCUCUUAAUUUGAGGUGCUUUACAAUGUUAAUCCAGCCCUUCAGAAGGGUGAAACCCUCGUCUCAGCACGUACCUCAACAAUCAAUGAGUUAUUGGACUGAGAGCCUUCUUUCUGCACCAUAGUGCCUCGUUUUUUUUGUUUUUUAAAUCUGAAUCGGUGCGAAGCGAGGGAGUUGUAGGAUUGCCUUCUUUCCAAGCCCGCCUCACAUGACUUUGGACCUGUCACACGCUCCCCUGGCAGAGGGAUUCCUCACUCGUUUCCACAGAAUCGGCUGGAUGACCGAGCUCGGCCAGAGAGAACCUGCCGGAGGAGAGAAGUUCCCACGCCGCUCGAGUCGUCCAGCGGCUCUGUUUGUGUAGGGAAAGAAGAAAAAUUACAGCCAUUCACAUCACACGAGUUUUACUUUGAAAAG